AUAACUUGUCUCAAAUCCUCCAUUUUCCCUUUGUAACUAACCGGUGUUCAAAACACGUGCUUACGAUCAAGUUACAUGGAAAACUUGUACGAUCGGGAUUGAUAUUAACCAUUAAAUAUCACUAAAAAGUGCCCCGCGUGUCCGACGACAAAUAACACAUAAAAAAACAACAGAAUGAACACGGAAAAGCUUAAAAAACUACAGUCGCAAGUCCGCAUCGGCGGCAAGGGAACACCGAGGCGCAAGAAGAAGGUUGUGCACGUUACCGCGGCGACAGAUGACAAGAAACUCCAAUCAUCACUCAAAAAGCUGUCGGUGAACACCAUUCCCGGCAUCGAGGAGGUGAAUAUGAUAAAAGAUGACGGAACAGUGAUACAUUUCAACAAUCCAAAGGCGCAAGCAUCGCUGGCGGCGAACACUUUCGCGAUCACAGGCCAUGGCGAAAACAAGCAAAUCGCAGAGAUGCUGCCCGGCAUCCUGAGCCAGCUCGGUCCGGAGGGUCUGAAUCAACUGAAGAGGCUCGCGUCGAGCGUGGCCGCGCCAAAACCGCUCGACGAGGACGAUGAAGUGCCUAACCUCGUCGGAAAUUUCGACGAAGCUUCCAAGCAGGAGGCGAAGGAGGUGAUCACCAACGAUAAGGAAAAGGAGAAAAAACCAGAAUCAGAAACCAAAGCUGACAAAAAAACCGAUUAAAUAACCGACAACAGAAUGGUUUAGUUUUUAAUUAUGCUCACCCCACAGUGAUGGGUUUCCAAAGCCGAGCGUGUCUCAACGUGGUUUUUUUUAUAAUUUAGACAUCUUGUGUUCCUAAAUAAACGUAUUUUCGAAUUGUUUUAGCAUUUAUUGUAAAUCGUGUUUGUGUUGGUACAGGGGCACUUUUUAAUUUAACUUUUUUAUUAGUUCUAUGAUGGCUUUGGAAACCUUGUAUUCAGCCAUUUUUUCUGAAGCUUCCAUGAUAUGCACUAUAGUUUACGAUGGGAUGCAGAAUGUCGAUUCUCUUAAAUAGGACCUAGUUAAGUGUUAAUGAACCUGUUGUUGAGAUUGGCAAGGUACAUUUGGAUUUCGUGACAGCACCUACUAAAUUAUAGGAAUAUAUUAUUUUGAUAUAUAUAGUAAAAAUAAGGUGUAUGCACCUUGUAUUUUUUAAAUAAUGGUAUUUUCUAAAGUUGUUGAUUCAUGUCCGGUCAUGCUUUCUCAUUUCAAAAGAAGUUUAAUGAAAUAGGUUUAUAUUAGUCACUGGUAGCUCUGUAGGUUACAAGAGCUGAUUGUAUAAUACAACAACAAAAAAAUGUAAAAAUAUGUACGGUUAGAGUUUUGGUAUGUGAAAACAUUAAAACUUUGAUCAAAGGAA